ACCCCAAAAGCAAGUAGAGAAAAAUUAUUUACACAGAGAAGACAACAGAAGACAAGAGAAGAGAUUGAACUCUUUCUGUUGCUUGAUACAAAAUAUAUAUAAAUGAGCUUUUAAUCUCCAAAAAAAUUCCCGCUUUCUGUUGCUUUCUCCCUCCAGUAUAACAACUUUCUUCUAUCUCUUUCUGUUGCGUUUUUUGUACAAUUUUUUUUUUUUUUAUAUAUGUGGAGAUUGAUAUCUACUGUUACUACUAUUUGGGGUUUUUCUUUUCAUGCAUAGUUGUUGAAAAUUGGAGAAAUAAUGAAUAUUGGUAGUGGGUCUUCUUGGAAGUCCGGUGAUGUGGUUUCCGAUCAGUUUCCGGUGGGACUCCGAGUACUUGUAGUUGAUGAUGACCCUACCUGUUUAAGGAUCUUGGAGAAGAUGCUCAGGAACUGUCACUAUGAAGUCACCAAGUGUAAUAAGGCUGAGGUUGCACUAUCAUUUCUGCGGGAAAACAAGAAUGGUUUUGACAUUGUUAUAAGUGAUGUCCACAUGCCAGACAUGGAUGGUUUCAAACUUCUUGAGCACAUUGGUCUGGAGAUGGACCUGCCUGUUAUAAUGAUGUCGGCCGAUGAUAGUAAGGAUGUGGUUAUGAAAGGAGUUACUCAUGGUGCAUAUGAUUAUCUAAUCAAACCGGUGCGGAUUGAGGCACUAAAGAAUAUAUGGCAACAUGUUGUUCGUAAAAAGAAACAUGAGUGGAAGGACAAUAAUUUUGAUCAAUCAGCAAGUGUGGAAGAGGGAGAUCGGCAGCAGAAACCAUCAGAAGAUGUUGAUUACUCAUCUUCAGCUAAUGAAGGAAACUGGAAAAACUCCAAGAAAAGAAAGGAAGAGGAAGAAGAAGCUGAAGAUACAUCCUCACUAAAGAAGCCACGUGUUGUUUGGUCUGUGGAGCUUCAUCAGCAAUUUGUACAAGCUGUGCAUCAACUUGGAAUCGACAAGGCCGUUCCCAAGAAAAUCUUGGAACUGAUGAAUGUUCCUGGACUAACCAGAGAAAAUGUUGCUAGCCAUCUUCAGAAAUAUCGGUUGUAUCUCAGAAGGUUGAGUGGUGUAUCGCAGCACCAGAACGGACUGAACAAUUCUUUCAUGGGACGUCCAGACGCAACCUUUGGAGCAAUAUCUUCCAUCAAUGGGCUUGAUCUUCAAGCUAUUGCUGCUGCUGGUCAAAUCCCUGCACAAAGUCUUGCUACCUUCCAAGCAGCAGCCCUAGGUAGAUCUGCUACAAAAUCUGCCAUAUCUAUGCCCCUAGUAGAUCAAAGAAACCUUUUCAGCUUUGAAAAUUCCCAGGUGAGAUUUCCAGAAGGGCAACAACAACUGAAUAACAGCAAUAAGCAAAUCGACUUGCUGCAUGGAAUUCCAACCACCAUGGAACCGAAGCAGCUUGCAAAUUUGCACCACCCUUCCCAGUCCUUUAUGGGUAUGAAUAUGCAAGUGAUCCCCAUGGCACAGCAGAAUAACUCUGUGCUUAUGCGAAUGUCCCAAUCACAACCUCGGGCUCAAAUGCUAAGUGGAACUAAUAAUGGCAGCCAUGUUUCAAGGCUUCCACUGCCCAUGCAGCAAUCUUUGUCAUCAGAAGGGAUACCUGGUGCGGUCCUAGCACAGAGUCAUAUUGUUGACGAUGCACGUGUGUACAAUCCAGUCUCCCAAGCCUCUUCAAUGGUAGAUUUCUCGGUAAAUCAAAGCAAGGAGUUUCAAAGCUACAACUUUUCUCUUGGGAGUAAUAGUUCAGGGAUGUCCACUUUGACAAAUCAAGGGAUGCUUCAGGAAGAGGUGAAUCCUGAUAUCAAAGGAUCUAGAGGCUUCCCUUCUAAUUAUGAUAUUUUCAACGAACUCCAGCAGCCAAAAUCACAGAACUGGGGUUCACAGAAUGUUGGUUCAACCUUUGACGCAUCUCAUCAUCCAAGUAUACAAGGACCUCAGGGUGUCUCAUCUCAAUUGUUACUGCAACAGGGGAUUUCUUCAACACACAACAAUGGACAAAACAGAAAUGGUCCUAUUGGGAAACCAAUGUACUCCAAUGGGGAAGAAAGUGGACAUGCUAAUCUUAUGAGUGGACCACAACUCAACUCUGUCAGUGGGAAUAUGCUUGCUGUUAAAGCUGAAAGAUUUCCCGACACAGACUAUCAGAGUACCAGUUUCCCGGAGCAAUUUGGACAGGAUGACCUCAUGAGUGCCCUCCUAAAACAGCAAGGAAGUGUUGGACCAGUGGAAACUGAAUUUGGCUUCGAUGGAUACACAUUGGACAAUCUUCCAGUUUAAGAUGUGAACAAAGCUUAGUUGAUGUACCUGACAAUUUACACACAAUUUGAAGACGCCAGUGGUACAUAGUUGCUGUUACACCUGAAAAUUCUCCAUGAAGCAAAAUGAAGGGAGUCUCAGUUUCUAUUCAGCUAUAAAACUUAGAUUCUGCUCUAAAAGACUAGCUGUCGGAUGGGAAGUAUGGAUAUCAGAUAGAUCACAGAAGGGAAAAGACUUAGCUGUCGCAUGAUACUAGUGCAUGGUGUGCCAAAGGCAAACAUGCAAAGUUUUGGCUGGUAUUGGUAGGUGAUUUUCGGAGAAUCACAUUUCAUGGGUGCAGACGUUAGGUGCAGGGAUUUUCGUAAACAGGAGGGUCAAGUUCUAACAUCAAUAAUGCAGUAUUUUCUCUUUCACGUUCAGGGAUUGAUCUUUUAAUGUACAGAUUUCAUUUGAAUUACUUAUUAGGAUAAGUCUGUCGGGUUCAUGUUCUAUUUUUAGGUGUGCAGCUCAAACUCUGAGAUUUAUGUUAUGUAUUAAUUAGCUAAGCUAAUUCUGUAUAGGUCUAUCGAAGUUGGGUUUUA